AUGGUAACGCAACCUGUGCCCUGGGAAAUUCGGGCAGCCGCGAAGCGAGCAGACACUUUGAGCAAAAUCCCCCAGGCUUGGAGACUGGCUCCCGCUGACCUGGCCAAGGCCAAGAACCAACGCGACCUCACAGGACCCUUUGUUCAACAGUUUCUCGAUGCCGAUGAGAUAUCCAUCAUUUCGAAAGAAAGCGUCGAUAUCGUGAACGGCAUCAGAUCCGGCCAGCGCAGUGCCGUCUCCGUCACGACGGCAUUCUGUAAGACAGCGCCAAUUGCCCAUCAGAUAAACAAUUGCCUCCACGAGAUUUUCUUCGACAAAGCGCUGGAUCGGGCCAGGGAAUUGGAUGCUUUCUAUGCAGAGACCGGAAGAACCCUCGGUCCUCUGCAUGGGCUCCCAGUCAGUUUGAAGGACCAGUUCCACGUAGAAGGGGUCGACACGACGAUGGGGUAUGUGGGAUGGAUUGGAAGCAACCUGGGCAUCAAACAUCCAAGUCAGGCACAUCAGGUCGAAAGCCAAAUCACAACCGAGCUCCUCUCCCUCGGCGCCGUACUUUUCUGCAAGACCAGCCUGCCGCAGACGCUACUUUUCGGCGAGACCAAGAACAACAUCAUUGGCCAGACUCUCAACCCGCACAACCAGAACCUGUCCUGCGGUGGCUCAUCCGGCGGCGAGGGAGCUCUUCAGGCGCUUCGUGGUAGCACUCUUGGUGUCGGCACCGACAUUGGCGGUUCAGUCCGUAUUCCCGCCGCCUUCAACGGCCUCUUCGCUCUCAAGCCAACUCCAGAGCGCCUCUCAUAUCGCGGCGUAGCCAAUACUAACCCCGGACAAAACACAUACCGGUCGGCCGUUGGCUUUCUUAGCACCUCGCUGGGAAGCUUGGAGCUGGCGUUACAAUCUGUGCUGUCCACGCGUCCAUGGGAACGAGACCCCGCCGUAGUCCCCAUACCUUUUCGCCAGGAAGUUAUCAACGAGUAUCGCAGUCGUGCCGACAAGGACGGGGUGGUAAUCCUCUCCGAAAAGCCCCUGAAACUUGGCGUGCUAUGGACUGACGGUGCCCUGAGGCCGCACCCUCCCAUUUUGAGGGGCAUCCGCGACGUUGUAAAUGCUCUGAGACAAGCUGGGCAUAAGGUUGUUGACUGGAACCCUCCACUGCAUGCCACUGCCAAGAAAAUCCAUCUUGCAUUUCUCCUUGCCGACGGUGCCCAUGACGUCCACAGCCACCUCAGCCGAUCCGGCGAACCCCUGAUUCCGGACCUGCAAGAAAGCUUCAAACUGCGGCCACCGAUACCCCUUCUGGAGUAUCAGAGCUUGACAGUCGAGGGUCUUGAGUAUGAAUUGGCGUACUCUGACUACUGGAACUCAACUGCUGUAGACGGCCAUGUCGUGGACGCAGUCAUCAUGCCGGUGGCGCCGCACGCCGCUGUGGUACCGGGGAAGUACUAUCACACAGCAUAUACCGAGGUCAUCAAUCUCUUGAACUACAGCGCAGUAGCGAUCCCGGUCACAAAGGCGGACAAGGCCGUCGACCUCGUCGACGAUUCCUAUCAGCCGUUGAACGAUAUUGACAAGCUGAACUGGGAUGCCUACGAUUCGGACGUUUACCACGGCGCGCCGGUUGGCCUGCAACUAGUCGCACGGAAAUUCGAAGAGGAGAAGGUACUUGCCAUAGCCGGCAUUGUCACCUCAGCGCUGGAGACAUACCACAGAAAGUGA